GUAAGUCGUACUGCGCAGUUUAAACAAAACUUUCCAUGCGUAAAAUGUGAUUCAUUUGCAUACGUACCGAGUGUAUACAUUAUAUUUAUACCUGGAUUCUUUGGACUGAUUUUUAAGCUGUUUAAUGGGAUCUUUUUAGUUACAAUGAAUUAAAAUAUUUGAUGGUUUGUCAGGCAAAAAAGUAAGUAUGGCUGAGAAAGGGGAACUCCUAGAAGAUGUCAAAGAUUUCUGUGACUUUUUCCUUUCCAAACAUAAGUCGGAUAUAAUGUUUACAUUUUCUGAAGAUGAGAGAACAGUGCAACAAGAUUCAGCAGAAAACUAUCUUCACCGUUCAAGUUAUUCUUCCGUUGCCAAUGACAACACGUGCAUUCCAGUCGUUGGUAUUCCAGCUCAUAAGUUUAUACUUUGUAGACAAAGUGCAGUGUUUCAAGCUAUGUUUAAUGGACCUCUCGCGAACAAUGCAGACACAGCACCAAUAGAGGAUAUUGAACCCGAAAUUAUGGAAGAAUUGUUAAGAUUUGUUUAUUGCGGUACAGCGAAUUUAAACGGAAAUAACGUCUUGCGUUGUGUGUAUGCGGCAAGAAAGUACGAUAUUACAGGUCUUCAAGAAAAGUGUGUUGAAUUUCUGAAAGACAACAUCGAUACUGAAAAUACAUGUUUCAUUCAUAAGCAGGCAAUUUUCUUUGACUUAGAAAUUCUCCAGAGUCAUUGUUUUAAGUUUAUGCUAGAACAUUUUGAUGAGGUUUCCAAAACGGACGGUUUCUUAGAAGUGUCACAUUCCACACUGCUGGAACUUGUAAAAAAUGAUGAUUUAUUGAGCGAGGAAGUGAAUAUUUUCAACGCUUGCAUAAAUUGGUCUGAAAACCAAUGCAGAGCGAAUAGCUUAGAAAUAAAUCCGGAAAAUUCCAGACUCAAUCUAGGGGAGAUAAUUUACCAAAUAAGAUUUCCAAUCAUGAGUAAACAUGAUUUCAGGAAAGCGGUAAUUCCGACUAAAAUUUUGACAAAUGAAGAGGAACACGAUAUUUCUGACUAUCUAGCAACAACCUGUUUUAUUUCAAUGGACAAGUUUAUUAACCAAGAAAGAACUGGUAGGUUUAUAACUGUUGAAACGCAAGAAUACAAACGUUAUCGUAGUAUACCAAUAUUCGGAUGCCAUUUCCGUGUGCAUGUACAACCUGAACAAACUGCUUGUAGGCCUAACGAUGAACCACCACUACUUCUGCUUAAAUCUCUUACUGGUUCGUUUGUACCACGGGUAUUGGCAAUUUAUCUAACUCAGCGAAGGUCUACGCAGAAGAUUUUAAUUGAGGAUUAUAAAUGUGACAAGAAUUUAAUUGUAUUUCCAAAGCCCAUUAAAGUUUCUAAAGAGCUGAAUUUGGAAUUGCAGGUAUUCAAGGAACACUGUCGAAGUAGCCAUUUGGGUGUUUUUACAGUUAUUACAGAAAAACACGUUUUCUUAACCGAACGUUACUUGGAGUUCGUACAGGAGUUUGUGAAAGAUGUCAAAUGUGUUAUAAGUGAAAUACCAACAGGUCUAACUAGUAUGACAUUCCUAAAAUAGACCGUGCUUGCAAAAUAAACCCAGAUACUUGUUCCUAAAUCUGACCACGCUGAAAGUGCAGUAACAAGACAAAUGAAAGUAAUUACGGCAAGUGUCUUUAUACAAAAGGUCAUCCGUAAGGCCAUUGAAAAUACAUUUUGAUUUUUGCAUGCCAAAUAUUUUUCUCUUUAGAGUUCUUUAAAUCCAGAAAAAUACGUUUUAUUUCUUUUUAAACAGGUUGAUAUUCGUCUACUUAAAAAAAAAUCAAUUAAAAAUGGCCAAUUCACAAUCGAAUAGAGACCAUUUCUGUAUUAUCCGUUCCGGAUUUCGCAUACCGGGUUUUAUCCUCUCUAGUAGUUUAAUCAUAAGCACCGAACUGUGGAGGCGGAAAAAUCUAGCAUCCAUCUUAGCCGCGAUCAAAUUGCAGGCUUACUUGUAUCAGAUCAACGAGUUUUAGCACAAGUUUGCAUCUAACUUUUUUACUGUCUACUUAUGGCUGACAAUGAGAUAAUCUGUUAAUAAUGAUAUUUUGUUGUCGCCGUAAAAGAACGUCCCGUUUAGAUUAAGCGGCUUAUGGAUGAAAAAUUGAAAGUAUCUGCUAGUCAGAUAAUGAUUAAGAUCAAUAUUUGUUCACAACCCUUCAAGACACAGAUGUUUGAAUAAAAUCCACUGAAAACUUCAUGCAGAACAAUACUGUAAUGCUUAAUACACGAGUCAUGUCGCCAUAUUGGAUUUCACAGAUCAGGUCAGUAUGGCGCUAUUUCCUUGUGUAAUUUUAUUGAAGACAAAAUUUGAGGGGAUAAUUGAUCUUUUAAAACCAUUUUUCUUUUCUGUCACACUUUUGUGCUGGUUUUGCUAAUUCAGUUUUUUAUUUACAUAAGUUCUUAUAGAAGUUUUUAGGCCUAUGGUCAGGAUCAGCAGCUUUUCCACAGCUUUAGAUGUGCUUAAUUUGUGUGCUUUUUAGAUAUAUAACAUUUUCUUUUACAGCUACUUAUAUUCUUGUUGACCUCAUAUAUAUAUAUUUGUUAAUGGUCGGUUAAAAAGCUCAUCAGAGCUUAUGUUUCAUAUGUUUGUGUCUUGCCGACUUGAAAUUAAACUUAUUGUAUUGUA